AUGGUUUUUGAAAACGAAAAUAAAUCAAAGAAAUCCAGUUUUUUUAUAAGUGAUAAUUUUUAUUUUCAUUUAACAAAUGAAGAAAUAAAUGAAAUUAGAAAUUAUCUUUUAACCGAAAAAUUAUACCCAAAAAAAAUAAAUGAAGAAGAAAAUUCAAGUAGAAACAAAUAA